UUGGGGGGAUAAUUUAAGAUAUUCGCCAAUUUGAAGAUAAGCCUAUAGUCUUCUCCAUAACCCCUCUGAUCUCAAUAACUCACAAAUUCUGCAGUAUGCUGAUGCUUUCAUCUCCACCUGUUCAAUUCAAGCCUUCGUUUACAUCUAAAUAUAAACUAACAACUUUUGCUACGCUACGAGAAAUCUCCAUUAAUAAAACGUACUUUCUUCAGAAAGAUGAAAGAGAACAGAAUGGAAAUACGGAGAAUUUGAAGCGUAGACGACUCCUCGUGUUUCUAGUCUCAACAGGCUUGUUGCCAACUUUACCGUCGACUGCGAAAUCAAAGAUUAAGAACCCGUACGAUGAAAAACGCUUACUUGAACAAAACAAAAGGGUGCAAAGAGAAAAUAAAGCACCCGAUGACUUCCCGAGCUUUGUUCGAGAAGGGUUUGAGGUUAAAGUCAUUGCAUCGGACAACUAUGUUAAACGUGACAAUGGACUUAUAUAUCGCGAUUUUGAAAUUGGUACCGGUGAUGUACCGAAGUCUGGUCAGCAGGUGACUUUUCACUAUAUCGGUUAUAACGAGUCCGGUCGUCGUAUCGAUAGCAGUUAUCAACAAGGUUCUCCUGCCAAAAUACGAAUGGGCACCAAUGCAUUGGUCCCAGGAUUUGAAGAAGGUUUAAAAGACAUGAAACCUGGCGGAAAGAGGAGAAUUAUUAUUCCCCCCGAACUUGGACCACCGGUUGGGCCGUCAACCUUUUUUAGCUCAAAACAGUUUGAAGUUUUUGAUGUGGAACUGCUUAAUGUAAAGGACUGCACAAGGAGAACCAUAGCGUUUUAUUCUGAUGUUGUAUGUGAUUAAGUUGCGGUUUCGUAUCAUAAUAGUCACAAGGCUAUUUGUACAUCCGUACAGUUUCGAUAUUUCCUUUGUUAUCGAUGGUAUCGUUUUCAGUGUAGAGUUGCAAGAAAAUGUAUUAGGUCUAGAUUUUUAUUUAGUUGAUUUUGGAUACUUAAAAAAUUUUCAUUGAUGAUCCAUGUGAAUGUAACUCAAGAAACUGAAUUUUAAAAAUGCAUAGGGUAUUUAAAGAUAAA